AUGCUGCGCCGCACUCAAGCUUUUCUCUUCCGCCGCACGCCGGCGCGCCUCAGCGGCGGAGAGCUCUACCACCCGCCAAAACUGGAGGACAUCCCACCGUCCUCGGCCACGAAAGGCUUCUUCGGUGCCUACAACGGCGGCCUCACCGUGCUUCGCUUUGUCGACAUUAAGUGGAUGAUGAACCGCGCCGUUGAGUUGGGUCGAGAGUAUUACAUCUCCGCCCCCACUCUGUACCUCUUUCUGUGGAUGUUCUGCUGGAAAGGCUUUGUAAUCAUGCGUUACGGCGACGGCAAGCCGCCGCGCCGGGUAGACUGGAACACCGAGGAGGCCGGCUACCUACCUAAGGGCUUCGAGCAGACGAAGGUCACCAAGGCCAUUUAA